AUGCCCGCGAAAAAGCGCAAAGCCUCGUCAAACUCGUCUAGCACUCGAGCCAAGAAAGUCCGCAUCGGCGGCACCUCUGACAUUCCUGACCAACCUCAACCCAGCACGGUCUCGCCCGCGGGCCGGCCCAAGAGGACCUCUGUUAGUGAACCCAAGUACAAUUUCACCAGGCGCCGCAACUCAUCUGGCACUCUGCAGAAUGCUACUGCGGCCUCGGCUGGCGGCGGCGGUGGUGGUGGCAUAAAAAGUGAUGAGCCCGUGGUGAAGAAGAAGCGUGGAAGACCAUCCAAGGCUGAGGCUGCUGCUGCAUCCCCGGCACCCACACAAGAGGUCAAGUCCAAGCCGGCGAAAUCAAGUGUGAAGAAAGCUACAACCUCGACUGCGUCCAAGUCCGCCACCGCCACUCUCUCCGCGCAGAGACAUCGUGCAGCGUCGCGCAAGUCCUCUGCGAGAAUCUCUGUUCCACCACCGACAGUCCCCAAGCGCGGCAGAAAGCCAAAAGUCGCACCCAAGGCGAAAAAUGCGUCGUCAGAGUCAGAGUCUGUAGACGCAACUCUUCCGCACGGACAAACACUCACAGCGGUCAACGGUGAGGGGAACAAGUCUGGCGACCUCGUGACGCUUGAUCAUGACAUACAAUACUGGUUGAUGAAGGCUGAACCGGAAUCUCGAAUCGAGAAGGGGCACGACGUCAAAUUCUCGAUCGACGAUCUAGCUGCUAAGACGGAGCCCGAAGGUUGGGAUGGUGUACGCAACCCAGUGGCCCGGAACAACAUGCGGGCAAUGCGUAAGGGCGACUUGGCAUUCUUCUAUCAUUCUAACUGCGCUGUCCCCGGCAUUGCAGGUGUCAUGCGGAUCGUCGGCGAACAUACCGUUGAUGAAUCUGCCUUUGACCCCGGCCAUCCUUACUUUGACCCAAAGUCCGACCGCGCAAAGCCCAAGUGGGAAUUGGUCCACGUCGAAUUUGUCAAGAAGUUUGAUAACCUCAUCACGCUCAAGGAGCUGAAGUCCUUCGCGAAGCCCGGUGGAGCUUUGGAAAACAUGCAAACGUUCAGGCAGAGUCGGCUCAGUGUCUCGGCGGUCUCGCCUGAGGAAUGGAGGUUCAUUCUCGAUCUGGCUGGGGAGUCGGCUUCUCUGGGACAUGGAGAUAUCAUGGGCGGCUACGAAUCGGAAGUUGACGGCGAAGGCGAGGAGACUGCGGCCACCAGCGACGGCGACGGGCUCAAUGGACUUUCCGAAGGAGCUUCCGGUGCAGAAACUACAGGUGCUAUCGAAAUUGACAUCCUGUUGCAACAGGCGCCCCAGAAGAGCAGUGACUCGGAGACUGUCGACAGUGCUGGAGAAGUGUGA